AGCGAGUCUCAGCGUGCCGGCUCGGAAGAGGAAGCGAGUCUCGGAGACAGCGACGUGCCGGCAGAGCGUUCGGGCCGAGCGAAGAGGACAGACAGGGCCGUGCAGCCUUCUUUGGGGAAACGGACUGACCCCGGGUUCGCAGUGCGUGGGUCUAGUUCCCCGGAGCAACAGCUGCCGGAAACCGUGACUGCUCUAGCAGGCCAAGUUGAGUCGAUCGGCCAUUCAAAAAGCACUCAGACUGCAGAAGAGGACGUCUCCCGGAGUGCAGGAGGCACUGAAGAUGCCUCAGAUAUUUCAGGAAAAAUUGAGGAAGUAGGAGGCGUCGUCUACCGGAAGAAACCGAAGAGAUAUAAGUACGGAGCACGGAAGUACAAGAAGGGUCCUAUCGCAAGCUUCAAGAAGUUCAAGGAAGCACAGAGCCAAGUUGAGUCGAUCGGCCAUUCAAAAAGCACUCAGACUGCAGAAGAGGACGUCUCCCGGAGUGCAGGAGGCACUGAGGAUGCCUCUGAGGGUGCAGCAGUAACUGAAGAUGCCUCAGAUAUUUCAGGAAAAAUUGAGGAAGUAGGAGAGAUACAGCGGCUCGGGUCACAUGUGGAGGAUGUCGCAACUUUGUGCGAGGACGAAUUUCGCUCGACCGGUCUGUUGGAAACGUUCGCAGGCGUCGUCUACCGGAAGAAACCGAAGAGAUAUAAGUACGGAGCACGGAAGUACAAGAAGGGUCCUAUCGCAAGCUUCAAGAAGUUCAAGGAAGCACAGAGAAAGAAGAUAAUAGCCGAGGGAGCAAAGGCGUCCGUUGGCGGUGACGGGAUGACGCUGUCUGCUCUGGAAAGGGACGGGGACUGUGAGGGGGGCCUUGAAGGGGCCAACGGGGAGGGACCCUCCGGCGUGAAGUGCGCGCGACUCGAGGAGGAGCAGUUUGUGGUCUGCGACUGUGACAUCGCGGCGACGGUGAACAAGGUCAUCGGCGGCUCUGAGCUCGAGCGGGCCUGGAAGGAUGAGAUGGCCAAGUUCUCCCGGCGGCUGGGAGUGCUCCAAGAUCUGGAACGGGAAUUCUUAGAAAUCGACAUUGGUUUCGACAAGAUGGAAAGAGAUCUUGAAAAACUCAAGGCGAAGAAGAGCAAGGAUGAGGCAGAUGCGUUGAUUAUCCCGGAGGUCCACUUCUUUGAUGUCUUCAUCAAUGAUUCACGCUUCAAGAUGCCAGGGUCGCCAAACAGGGCUCUGCAGUCCACAGUGGUAAGGACAAGUCCUGCUCAGAAGGGCAGUCCUCGACCUGCCCAGAAAAGUUCCGACGACAUCAUUCCAGUGGGGAAAUUCACCCCGAAAGUCCCCAACCUUCCCCCAGAGGGCCCCAUAGUGCGCAAGGAGCUGGACAUCUCGUCAAGGGUCCUUGCCACACGAAACUUCCCGCUGGGAGUCUUCUUCAAGGCCCGCAUCACCGAAGUGCGACCCGCGGAGGAAACUGACGACGGCGAACCAAUGUACCACAUCAAGUUUGAAGCCCGCAAGCCCAACGCGGGCAUGCGCCAGUCGAAGUGGUUCUCGCCGCGCGAGCUCGCCUAUGCCGACCGGCCUCCAGUGGUGCUCCCCAUCGGAACCCGUGUCGUCGCAACAUACACCGACGAGUCCUGGAACCAGCGGCAGUCGCUCUACGCAGGACUCAUCGCGGAACCGCCUAAGCCACUUAACCGGUACCGCUACCUGGUGUUCUUCGACGACGGCUACGCGCAGUACGUGCACAUCGACAAGGUGUUUGUGAUGUGCGGCACCUCUAAGACGGGCGUGUGGGACGACAUGUACCGCGACGUGCGGGACUUUGUCAAGACCUACCUGCAGAAGUACCCCGAGCGCCCAAUGCUUCGGAUGCGUAAGGGCCAGACGGUCAAGACGGAGUGGAACGGCAAGUGGUGGAUGGCCCGGGUGCUCACUGUUGACGCGAGCCUGGCAAAGAUGGCGUUCGAGGCGGAUGACCGAACGGAGUGGAUCUAUCGCGGGUCAACGCGGUUUGCACCGCUGUACACCGCGCUCAGCCACACCGCGCAGCAGAGCGCUGCGCCGGGCGGGAGGGUGCGGCGACAAAACCUGGUUCCGGCGACCGGGAAACAGCACCGGCCGUUCGUCGAGUACACACGGGAAGCGGACGAGAGCUCGUCCGCGGCGACGGCGACAAAGGGGGAUGAGACGAAGAAGGCAGCCGCUGCAAUUACGGCGAGCGACAAGCGCAAUGCUGCGCGCAAGUCUGCAGCGCAGGAUCGCAAGUCUGUGCCCUGGGAAGAGCCGGAGGUGGCGGCGUCGCAGGCUGGGACGCGGGAGCUGCGGUGCGUCGAGGGGUCUUCAACGUACCGACGGAAGAUUUACCUGGAGCACGAGUGUUCGCCCACCUGUGUGGAGCCCGAGGAUCCGGAGAAGCUGGUGGGGCACAACCCGCUCAGCAUACCCUGCCUCAUGGGCUGGGAGAGACAACUGGCCAAACUGAGCAAGAAGACCAAGCGGAGAGUGUUCUACACGGCACCGUGCGGUCGCCGGCUCCGGAACAUUGCAGAGGUGGCGCAGUACCUCGUGCUGUCGAAGUGCCUGCUCACCGUGGACCAGUUCUGCUUCGACAGUGCUGUGAAUGUCUUCGCUCACUUUGAGCCCCAGACCGUCCUCAGCUCCCUCAAGGACUUGACAUACGGCAAGGAACUCGUUCCCGUGACGUGCAUCAACAGCCUCAGCACGGAGUACCCCUCGUACAUCGAGUACUCCGCGACCCGGUAUCCGGGGAAAGGGGUGACGCUGAACCUGGACAAAGAGUUCCUCUGUGGUUGCGACUGCGAGGAUGACUGUCAGGACCGGGACAAGUGCAGCUGUCAGCAGCUGACUGUGGCUGCGACGGGCGCCCUUCCCUCGGGCGUGAACCCGAGCGCGGGCUACCGCUUCCGGCGCCUCCACGAGCCUCUCAUCACGGGGGUGUACGAGUGCAACGCCCAGUGCAAGUGCUCCAAGCGCUGCCAGAACCGGGUGGUGCAAAACGGCCUCCGGUGCCGGCUCCAGGUGUUCCGCACGGAGAAGCGCGGCUGGGGGGUGCGCUGCCUGGAUGACCUGCCCCAGGGCUGCUUCGUCUGCAUCUACGCGGGGCAGCUGCUCACCGAACAGGGCGCCAACGAGGACGGCAACCAGUACGGAGACGAGUACCUGGCGGAGCUCGAUCACAUCGAAGUGGUGGAGAAGCAAAAGGAGGGCUACGAGAGCGACGUGGUCAACUCAGAGGAGGAGGAGGAGGGGGAUGAAGAGGCAGCAGUCAGCGACUACGACGACGACAGCGUCGAUGAGGAGGAACUCAAGGAAGACAUGUCGGAUUCGGACGGCGACACCGACACUACUGAAACCAACGGGAAGAUUAGGAAGAGUCAACGGACACCGAAGAAGAAGGAGAAGAGUGAGGACGGUGAUACAGAUGAGUCCAAGGACAAGCCAAGGGACAAGCCAAAAAUGGAGCCAAGGAAGCUUGGGACAAAGCUGGAGGAGAGCCCCAGGAAGGUCACAGACGACGAGUCCUCGGAGUCCAAGAGCCAGGAUGGCCGGUCGGCCGAUCAGACGGGUGAUGACAGUCAGUCAAGCACUAUGUCCGAGAAGCCAAAGAAGCCCCUUAAGGUGAAGAAGACAGCAAAGAAGGAGGCAGAUAAGGCAGGCAAAGGUGACGGCAAGGUGAAGACCGGGCCACUCGAGAGUCCCGGCAUCGGCGGAAAACGACUGCGGUUUCCGCCCACUCGAAGCUUCUUCAACGAGGAAUACUGCUACAUCAUGGAUGCCAAAAACUGUGGAAACAUUGGCCGCUACCUCAAUCAUAGCUGCUGCCCCAACGUGUACGUGCAAAACGUGUUUGUGGACAGCCAUGACUUGCGGUUUCCGUGGGUGGCCUUUUUUGCAUCUAGGUACAUCCGCGCCGGCAUGGAGCUAACGUGGGAUUACAACUACGACGUGGGAAGUGUGCCGGAACGGGUCAUGUACUGCCAGUGCGGUGCCGAGGAGUGCAGGGGCCGCCUCAUUUAGGACUUCCUCUGUUGCCUGCCAUUGAACAGUGGACAUGCCACCCUGUGCUGCCUACAAAUUGAGUGGACAGUGCUACACACGGACUUCAAGUGGAAGCUGCUGCCCAGUGUUGGCCGCCUCGAGCAGACAGUGCUUCACACAGACUUUAAGUGGAAACUGCUGCCCAGUGUUGGCCGCUUUGAGCGGACAGUGCUUCACACAGACUCCGAGUGGAAACUGCUGCCCAGUGUUAGCCGAGUGCUUCAGACUCCAGGUGGAAACUGAUGUCCGGUGUUGAUGACAUGGAGCAGACAGUGCUACACACUGGGUGGAAGAUGCUGUCCAGUGUUGGUCAUUUUGAGUGGACAGUGCUACACAGUGCCGGUCAGUGUUACCCACUUCGGAAUCACAGCUAUGCUCAGUGGGGCGGGUAAGGCGGGCAUGCUGUUCACUUUAGACGGCUGUCCAUGUCCACUGGGGCCGAGUCCUUUGUGUGGACGGUGCCAGAUUGAAUAGCGCUCUACCCACUUUGUCUGGGCAGUGAUGUCCACUUAUUUUUGGGUUUUGUACAAAGUAUACAUGUACCUAUUGUGAUUACGACCACCGCCGCCCAAAAACGAGCUUGAAGGCGUUUUUUUUGCGAGUGUAUGUUGUAUCUUGCAGUGAUCCGAGUGAGUGCAUAAGCAGGCAGCUUGUCUGUUUCUCUGUGGUUGGUCGUCACUGUAUUUACAUUUUUUUUUUACUUGGGAGUUUUAUGAGCACAGUGAAUCUCACCUGGGAGCAAGUGUGGAUGUAAAUAAAGGAUGUUUGCUUAGA